CACUGCGGCCUGUUAUAGGUUGGUCUAGUUCGGCAGUACAUAGUUGCAGCGCGGAGAGAAAGUGGGAGGGAUCCUAGAAAACUUGAAUAGGCUACAAGUUCAUGGCUGCGAAAGCAUGGACAGGCCGGACACGGCGUGCAUUCACAUCUCUCGGGACGGUGACAAGGGCUUGCCACUUUGCUGUCAAGUCCCACUACGACGCUGUGAUUAUUGGAGGAGGACACAAUGGGUUAGUAGCGGCAGCCUAUCUACAGAAGGGUGGUCUGAAGACAGCAGUACUAGAACGUAGACAUGUUCUGGGAGGGGCGGCCGUGUCCGAGGAAAUCAUCCCAGGUUUCCAUUUCUCCACGGUGUUCCUAGUCUCGCUCAGCCUCCUCAGACCACACAUCUACAGAGACUUGGAGCUCAAGAAACAUGGGCUGAAGGUGUACAUGCGGGACCCCCAUGCUUUCACCCCAAUGCUGGAGGAUGGGGUUGGGGGUCUCCCUCCCCGGUCUCUCCUGCUGGGGUCAGGCCUGGCCAUGAACCAAAGGGAGAUCAGCAAGUUCUCGAAAACAGAUGCCAAGGCUUACCCAGAGUUUAUAACUCACCUGGAUAAGUUAGCAGGGGCUGUCCACCCCCUCCUGGACUCCCCCCCAGUGGACAUUGCCGGGUUGACCGGGGGUCCCUUGAGAAGGAGGACGGCAGCACUGAGGAGUGCCGUGCCCCUCCUACAGUGUGGUCUGAGACUGGGCAAGAAUAUUCCAGAUUUCUAUGAGAUCAUAACUGCACCAAUAAUGAAGAUCCUGAACCGUUGGUUUGAAUCUGAGCCUCUUAGAGCCACACUGGCUACAGAUGCUGUGAUUGGAGCUAUGACCAGUCCUAACAGCCCAGGCAGUGGGUAUGUCCUCCUUCAUCAUGUGAUGGGGGAGCUGGAGAAAGAGAAGGGGGCAUGGGGUUACGUGGAGGGGGGGAUGGGAGGCGUGUCCAAGGCCAUCGCUAGCUCUGCCCGCUCGCAUGGAGCAGACAUUUUUACUGAACAGGAUGUGGAUCAGGUCCUGGUCAGGUCAGAUGGCACUGCCAAGGGGGUGGUUCUGAAGGGUGGCACAGAGAUCCACAGCAGAGUGGUACUGUCCAACGCAACACCCCACAUGACCUUCAGAUGCCUCACACCUCAGAGUGCUCUUUCUCCAGCGUUUAUCAAAGCUGUGGAACAGAUAGAUUACACUUCCCCGGUCACUAAGAUCAAUGUGGCGGUGGAUAAGCUUCCUAACUUCCUAGCGGCCCCCACGCCAGACAGCAAGCCUGGGCCUCACCAUCAGUGUUCCAUCCACCUCAACUGUGAGAGUGUGGAGGUGUUAGAGGAUGCAUACAAAGACUGCCUGGAGGGACGGCCCUCGUCCAGGCCCAUGUUAGAGAUGACCAUUCCGUCAGUGUUGGACCCUACUCUGGCGCCCCCUGGCUGUCAUGUGGUGUCACUGUUCACCCAGUUUACUCCUUACAGUCUGGGAGGGAGAGGUUGGACAGACCAGGACAGAGAGGCCUUUGCAGACUCAGCAUUUAACUGGAUCGAGAAGUACGCACCCGGGUUCAAAGCCUCCGUUGUUGGAAAAGAUGUCCUGACUCCCCCUGACCUGGAGUCAAUAUUUGGACUAACUGGAGGGAAUAUCUUUCAUGGAGCAAUGUCAUUGGAUCAACUCUACCUCGCUCGACCUCUGCCCUUCCUUUCAGACUACCGUUCACCAAUCAAAGGGCUUUAUCUGUGUGGCAGCGGCUCUCAUCCAGGUGGUGGUGUGAUGGGGUCUCCAGGGUGGAAUGCUGCCAUGGCUGUCUUGGUUGACCUGAAACUUGGCUGAAGUUCAUAAUCUCAUUUACAAACCCCAACUGCCAAUGAGAGAAUCCUUUCGUAUUUUAUAUAGUCCUGUGACGCCAUCAACAUUCAUGUGACCGAUAACAUCCCAAAGGGCUGUUUAUUUCACCCUUUUAGCACAGGAGGGUUGUAGAAUUGGAAACCACAAUGAGUGGAAUUUGGGUGUAGAACAUGUAUGUGACUGAACAAAGAAUCAAAGUCAAGCUCACUGCAAUUAUAAUGGUGGAAAAGUCUUUGUGACGCACCAUAUUCAUUUUGUGUUAACAAAAGUAACGAUAAAUUAAUGUUCUGACUGUGUUAAACAUUCAAAUUAGUUUAUGUGUUUUGUAAAUUAAUUUGCUUUAAACAGUCCCCAAACAGACCUUUGCCACACUACACAAAAGUUUAGAAAAAUAUAAAAAAAUGUGGGAACCUUUGUUUAGUGGUUUCUUUUCAAUAAAAUAAGAGAUUCAAAUGUAA